AUGACGCAGUGGGAUAAAAUACCGAUGCACAAGACCCGAGAGGAGUCAAUCGCCGAGUUUGACCAGCGAACAAAGGAUCUUCAAAAGGAACACCCUGAUGUGGAUUUCAAAUCGACUGUAAUUGAGCCGACUAUGAAUCUCAUGUUCGACAUCAAGGAAAAUCUCACCGAAGACGAACGAAACAAACACGAGGGAUUGAUCACUUUGAUGCUCCAAAACACGGCAGAACCUCCAAAGGCAGAAAAAUACCUCUGGGAGGCUAGGAGCUGCCUCAAACCAUACCCCGACGUCCUCAAACUCUUCGACAACAUCUACAUCAACCACAGACCAGUUCCCGUCAUGUUAUCUCAGCUGCACGAGGCGAUGCAUCCAAAACCUUGA